AUGUCCCGUCUCCAUGCACGUCACCCUCAAGAAUUUAUUAUCGAUCAUCGUCGCAGUCUAUCCCGUCAUGGUCCCGAACCGCAUCGUGUUCGUGCACAUCGACGUUCUUUUCCUCGAACCAAAUUCUACGUGAUCGAUGAACCUCGAAUUCCUUUGUCCGCUCAUGUUCACGAGAUGUGGCAUCCACAUUCUGGUGACUCCAAUAUUGUCGAUUACUACCCUUCCGUGUGCCCAACCACGACCGAAAUGCGGACAGGGUAUACGUACGAUCAGCUCCCGUGUACCACACCUGUGGGUGACGCUGAAUUUUGUCCGGCCCGGUGUCUGCCAAAUCCCUCUCGGGUCUCUAUGCACCCGAACAUGUUUGAUCUGGGGAACGCUGGUGGUGAACUGAUUUCCAAUUCCAUAGGUCCGGGACUGAUUGACAAACGAGACGGAUCCAUGGUCCGAGUGGUCUCCCCCACGCGUAGACCCGUGGCACGUGUGCCUGACUAUCGAAUGGAAAUGAAACACGAUGUCGACGAGGCACUCUUGGCACAUCGUUUGAAUGAGACAAGAAAUAAGACACGAAUGAGACCCAUUCAUCCCGGUCGAGCAUCUCCGGUUGUCGGACAUCCUACCUGUCGUUCAGACGUACGUUCCCGACUGGACUAUCUCACUCCGCGUGAUAUGAAUUCGCGAUCCGCUACCACCAAUACAUCAUCACACGGGACUCGUAUAACAUUAGAUGAUGUCCUAGAUUUCCACGGUCCCCACAAUGCACAGGUACUCGGUCGUCGUCCACUACACUGCAGCCUGGAAGAGGAAGAUCAAGAAAGCUCACCACCCAGUCUGCUACGCAGCUCCAAUCCAACCACAACGCGCACGAAUGCGGCUUCCGAUUUAUGCGAAUCGCUGUGCGUCUCUCUGUCCCGUUUUCGAUUGCCACCUACACCGCCACCGGGUGAGACUUCGUUGUCACCAAAGCCUCGAGCUCGAACUGGACGCGAGCUGGAUUCAGGAGAUCUGUAUUCCGAGGUGCCAGCUACAUUGAUGCUUUUCCGUUCGUUUCCACUGUUAUGUUCAGUUACAUAUCAUUUAUUCACCAUGAAUAAGUUGACCGUGUAUUACUAA